GGGUUGGUUUUCGUUAGGAACGUCUGUACAAGCUAGUUGUGAAAGUGGGCGUGUCAGCCUUACGGAAAGAAACGCGCACUAUGCGUGAUGACGUAAGGGCCGUUGAUUGGGAGCGAAAACUGGAGCCCGCGCAUGCGUGGUGUCCUUCGGUUUAAUUUGAUCUUUUCUCUGCGUGAGAGAGAGCAAAUAAUCAACAUGUCAGGGUGGUCGUCUUACUACAAAACCGAGGGUGAUGAACAAGAAGAAGAAGAACAUGAAGAGGGCCUUGAUGCAGGUGGUGAAUAUAAAUAUUCAGGAAGAGAUAGUUUGAUUUUUUUGGUGGAUGCCUCCAAGGCCAUGUUUGAGUCUCAGAGUGAAGAUGAAUUGACUCCUUUUGACAUGAGCAUCCAGUGUAUCCAAAGCGUGUAUAUCAGUAAGAUCGUAAGCAGUGAUCGAGAUCUCUUGGCAGUGGUGUUCUAUGGUACCGAGAAAGACAAAAAUUCAGUGAAUUUUAAAAAUAUUUACGUCUUACAGGAGUUAGAUAAUCCAGGUGCUAAAAGAAUUCUAGAGCUUGACCAGUUUAAGGGGCAGCAGGGAAAAAAACAUUUCCAAGACCUGAUGGGCCAUGGAUCUGACUACUCACUGAGUGAAGUUCUGUGGGUCUGCGCCAACCUCUUUAGUGAUGUCCAGUUUAAGAUGAGUCAUAAGAGGAUCAUGCUGUUCACCAAUGAAGACAACCCCCAUGGCAAUGACAGUGCCAGGGCCAGCCGGGCCAGGACCAAAGCUGGUGAUCUCCGAGAUACAGGUAUCUUCCUUGACUUGAUGCACCUGAAGAAAGAGGGUGGCUUUGACAUAUCCUUGUUCUACAGAGAUAUCAUCAGCAUAGCAGAGGAUGAGGACCUUGGGGUUCAUUUUGAGGAAUCGAGUAAGCUAGAAGACCUGUUGAGGAAGGUUCGUGCCAAGGAGACCAGGAAGCGUGUACUCUACAGGUUAAAGCUUAAGCUCAACAGUGAUAUAGCGCUCACUGUGGGCAUUUAUAAUAUGGUCCAAAAGGCUCACAAGCCUCCUCCAGUGAGGCUGUAUCGGGAAACAAAUGAACUAGUGAAAACUAGGACCCGUACAUUUAAUGUAAAUACAGGCAGUUUGCUUCUGCCUAGUGAUACCAAGAGGACUCAGACCUAUGGGAGUCGUCAGAUUGUGCUAGAGAAAGAGGAAACAGAAGAGCUAAAACGAUUUGAUGAACCAGGUAUGAUUCUCAUCGGUUUCAAGCCUGUGGUGAUGCUGAAGAAGCACCAGCACCUGAAACCCUCGCUGUUUGUAUACCCUGAGGAGUCCCUGGUGAAUGGGAGCUCAACCCUGUUCAAUGCUCUACUCACCAAGUGUCUGGAGAAGAAGGUCAUGGCCGUGUGCAGAUACACACCCCGCAAGAACAUUCCCCCUUAUUUUGUGGCUUUGGUGGCACAGGAAGAGGAAUUGGAUGACCAGAAAGUUCAAGUGACUCCUCCAGGCUUCCAGCUUGUCUUCCUACCUUAUGCUGAUGAUAAACGGAAGGUACCCUUUCCUGAAAAAGUCGUAGCAAACCCAGAGCAGGUAGACAAGAUGAAGGCUAUUGUUCAGAAGCUCCGCUUCCAAUACAGAAGUGACAACUUUGAGAACCCAGUGUUGCAGCAAUACUUCAGGAACUUGGAGGCAUUGGCCUUGGAUUUGAUGGAGCCUGAACAAGCAGUAGAUCUGACACUGCCCAAGCUUGAAGCAAUGGAUAAAAGACUGGGCUCCCUGGUAGAUGAGUUUAAGGAGCUUGUUUACCCACCAGGUUACAAUCCUGAGGGAAAAGCUUCCAAGAGGAAACACGGUGAUGAAGGUUCUGCAAGCAAAAGGCCCAAAGUGGAGUUUUCUGAAGAGGAGCUGAAGGCCCAUGUCACCAAGGGCACUCUGGGCAAGUUCACCGUGCCCAUGCUGAAAGAGGCCUGCAGGGUGUUGGGGCUGAAGAGUGGGAUGAAGAAGCAGGAGCUGGUGGAAACACUCACCAAGCACUUCCAGAAGGAGUGACCGAGACCGUGCUGCCAGCCACCCUUGCACACUGUAGCCAGGCUGCCUGGUUUUGUUCUUCACAGCAAGUUAAAAAAUGUGUCUCCUGGGCUAGGAAGAGUCUGCCUGACAGAUGCAGAGGGAUUUAUGUGUAUGAGACUUUUCUGUUGCCAUGGAGACAGUGUAGCCCUCCCAUUUUGCUGUGCCUUACUCUACUGCCUGAAUAAAGAGCCCUAACUUUGUACUAU